AUGCUAUACAAGAAGAGCAAUCCAAACGCUUAACAUUCGUCACCCUUAAGUGAAAAAUGGCUUCUCUUAUCACUAAGUUGCUCCUCCUUCUCUGUCUAUGCUAUUCUCUCAUUUGUCUCUCUUCUGGUGUUCCUAAUGGGUAUUCCAUUUUGAACCAAGAUCUUGACAAGUACGAUUCUAAGAAACAAAUCUUCCAUCUAUUCCAAGAGUGGAAGACGGAGACUGAACGAGAAUACCAAACCCUAGAAGAGGAGGCAAUGCGAUUUCAGAUUUUCAAAAACAAUUUGGAGCAUAUUAGAGAGAGAAAUGCAAAAAGAAAGUCAUCCAAUGACUAUAGUUUAGCUUUGAACAAGUUUUCGGAUAUGAGUUAUGAAGAGUUCAGCAAAAUCUACUUACAUGAGAUGAAAGAGCCCGUAAUUGAAAGCAACAAGAGAAAAAUGGUGUCAAAUGACGAAUCCUGUCCUGAAGCACCUUCUUCCUUGGAUUGGAGGUUGUCUGGAGCUGUAACUUAUGUUAAAGACCAAGGCUCAUGUGGUAGCUGUUGGGCAUUCUCUGCAACUGGAGCCAUAGAAGGAAUAACUCAAAUUGUAACACAAAAUCUUCCAUAUCUUUCUGAACAACAACUCAUAUCUUGUGAUACGAAUAACAAUGGUUGCCAAGGGGGGUGGCACUAUAAGGCAUUGGAUUAUGUCAUGAGAAAUGGUAUUGCUACUGAAAGGGAUUAUCCAUAUACAGCUAGCGAUAGUGCAUGCAAUUCCACUCAGGAACAAAUGAAAUUUGUUACUAUUGAUGGCUAUGGUUAUUGGUGGAAGACACCUAUAUCAGAAGAUUCUCUCUUUUGUUAUGUCUUCAAGCAACCUAUUAGUGUUUCCAUAUAUGCAAGCCCACAUUUUAAGUCCUACGGAAGUGGAAUCUUUAGCGGGGAUGAUUGCACAAACAAUUCUACAUGUAGUCAUAAUCAUGCUGUAUUAAUCGUCGGAUAUGGUUCAUCGGGUACGGAUCAAGAUUACUGGAUUGUGAAAAACUCAUGGGGGCACACUUGGGGACAGUGUGGUUACAUCUUGGUGAAGAGGAACACUGGUACUACUCAAGGAGUGUGUAACAUACAUUGCUCUGGUUCUUUCCCAAUGAAAGACACACCAACUUUGAAGCUUGCUUCCUCUAUAUGAAGAACAGCAAUAGUAAAUAAAGCCAUGUAAUAUAUAGUCAUGUGCUGGGCGACUUGGGCUUUUGUACACUAUGUAUUAGGCACGAAUAAAUGGCAAAUGAUUUGCCUUCAAAUGAAGCUUAAUUAUGUAAGCUCUAGUUAUGAAUAAAACUUUCUAUAUGUGGUUCAA